AUGUCGCUCGAAGAAAUUGCGCAAUCGAGUCAUUUGAGCAUUUCGGGCAACACUAGCCGAAUUUGGAUGGCCGCAUGGCACCACAAAGGCGAUUUAUUGGCGAGUUGCGGCGAAGAUAAAACGGUUCGCAUUUGGAACGUUCGACAAGACGCCGGUGAGCAAUCGUGUAAAUUCUCGCUGGAAUGCGUCACAACUCUCGACGAGAGUCAUACGCGCGCAAUUCGCUGCGUCAAUUUUUCCAAUUCCGGCCAAUUAUUGGCGUCGGCGAGUUUCGACGCCACAAUUGUGAUCUAUCAAAAAGAUGAGAACGGCGAGUUCACCGAAGUCAACAAGUUGGAGGGUCACGAGAGCGAGGUGAAAUGGUGCGCGUUCUCGAUGAGCGACGAGUUUUUGGCGACGUGCAGCCGCGACAAAACCGUCUGGGUUUGGCAAAUGGACGAGGAUGACGACUUCAACGUUUCCUCGAUUCUUCAACCUCAUACGCAAGAUGUCAAAUUUGUUGCGUGGCAUCCGAGCGAAGAACUUCUCGUCUCGUGCAGCUAUGAUUCGAGCGUUCGAUUCUUCACCUACGAUGGCGAUGAUUGGGUGACGAAGCAGAAGUUCGACAAAGCGCACGCCGGCACUGUGUGGUGCGCCGCGUUCGACGCGCGCGGCCAUCGAAUGGUCACCGUUGGCGAGGACGCCGUCAUUCAGGUGUACACGCGGCGCAAUCCGACGGAAUUGUCGGCUGUCGACGACGAAUGGAAGAUUGCGAGCAGGCUUCAGAUUGACGACACGAUUUGGCCGAUUUAUAGCGUCUCUUGGAAUCGAUUCAAUGAUUUCAUUUUGACAGCGGGCGGUGAUGGAAAAAUUAGAUUGUUCAAAGUGAGCGGGACCAUCGAGAACUCUCUAAUCGAGCCGAUGGGAGUGAUGGCUCGUCUCGGCGAUGAGAUCAACAGCAUCGCUUGGUGUCCCGUCGAGAAUCGCCAGAAUCUCGCCGUCACCACCGCCGACGACGGCACAAUCCGUCUAUGGCACCUUCGAAUUUGA